UAUUGUGUAACCCUCUGUGGAGAAGAGAGACGACUGAUUUUGUUCUGAAUUUAUGAACACAUCGCCUUUAACAACAAGAAUACCGAAAUGCACGAGUAACUGGAAAGAUAAUCGGCUGGUUUGUUUUUUCUUUCUGCAUCUUCAUACACCUCAAUGAUCUUAAAUAUAUAAAUAAAGACCAAAUUUAGGCCGAUGACUUGCUGAUGACGCCAAUACGGCAAAGCCUCCACCAUAGUAGCGAUACAUGUGCGCCCUCCUGUUUCAACAUGGGAAUAUAAAUCUAUAUAAUUCGACUCUUUGUUUCUGAGAUGUAUCUAUUUUUAAAUCGAGCCCACUUAAACGGGUUUGCUAAAGCAGUCACCCUGGGCGAAUCGAAUUGAGCACCAAGUAUCAUUGGCUUCUUAUCAGCUUCAAAACAAGACCCUAGCCCGUUCAUUUAUUUUCUGAGUUGGUUUAUUAUUAACCAUCACAGUCAGACCAAUCGCCGAAAAGGACUUUAUUUUUUUUACGGUGGCCACUUAUUGUCAAGUGCAUAACGACUCCCCCUGGUUGCAUCCUCCGAAAGCAUCAUCACUGCAGCGAUGGAGACUCCCACGAAGCUGCCUCCUUCCAGCCCUUCUUCACCUACUACGGGCUUCUCGGUGCCCAGCGCGGAGAAAGUGGAUGGCUUUCCCCGUCGCUCAAUGCGUCGUGCACGGCAGCGACGGUCGCACAGCUCCUCACAGUUCCGUUACCAGAGCUCUCAAGUGGAGCUCACGCCGCUGCCUUUACUGAAAGAUACACCUGUGGCCGAGCUGCACGACCUGUUCUGUAAGAAGCUGCAGCAGUGUUGUGUGCUCUUUGACUUCCUGGACUGCGUGGCCGACCUCAAGGGCAAAGAGAUCAAACGCGCCGCCCUCAAUGAGCUGGUGGAGAGCCUGGCCACCAACAGAGGGGUCCUGAUCGAGCCCCUCUACCCCGAAAUCAUCAAGAUGAUUUCGGUGAAUAUCUUUCGAACACUGCCACCCAGCGAGAACCCUGAGUUUGACCCAGAGGAAGAUGAACCUACAUUGGAGGCCUCCUGGCCUCACCUACAGCUGGUGUACGAGUUCUUUUUACGGUUCCUCGAGAGUCCAGACUUUCAGCCUUCCAUGGCCAAGCGUUACAUUGACCAGAAGUUUGUCCUUCAGUUAUUGGAGUUAUUUGACAGUGAGGACCCAAGGGAAAGGGAAUACCUGAAAACUAUUCUGCACCGUGUCUAUGGCAAGCUGCUCGGCCUUCGAGCCUAUAUCCGCAAACAGAUCAACAACAUCUUCCUCAGGUUUAUAUAUGAAACUGAGCAUUUCAAUGGUGUUGCAGAACUGCUUGAGAUUCUAGGCAGUAUCAUAAAUGGCUUUGCUCUGCCUUUGAAGUCGGAGCACAAGCAGUUCCUGGUGCGGGUGCUGAUCCCUCUUCACACGGCCAAAUCUCUCUCCAUCUUUCACGCACAGCUGGCGUACUGUGUCGUCCAGUUCAUGGAGAAAGACGCCACGGUUACAGAAUCGAUCAUCCGAGGACUGCUCAGAUACUGGCCAAAGACAUGCACCCAGAAAGAGGUCAUGUUCCUGGGGGAGAUUGAGGAGAUCCUGGAUGUGAUUGAGCCGUCCCAGUUCAUUCGGGUCCAGGAGCCGCUCUUCAAACAGAUCGCCGCCUGCAUCUCCAGCCCCCACUUCCAGGUGGCUGAGCGGGCUCUGUACUUCUGGAAUAAUGAGUACAUUCUGAGUCUGAUCGAGGAGAACUGUCAGGUGAUCCUGCCUCUGGUCUUUUCCACCCUCUACAGAGUCUCCAAAGAGCAUUGGAAUCAGACAAUUGUCUCUCUCAUCUACAAUGUCCUGAAGACCUUUAUGGAGAUGAAUAGCAAGCUCUUUGAUGACCUCACUGCCUCCUACAAAGUGGAGAAACAGAAGUGA